AUGAACCCCAGACCAGUGGUAGUGCUGUGGCUUCUCCUCUUGACUCUGGACCAGUCGGCUGCAGAGUGUUGUGACCCUACAAGGAAGGUUUGCAGCGUCAACUGGUUUAUCAUCAAGGCGGGAUGCACUAAAUACUGCGGGGACGGAACUGUGCAGUAUGACAGCAACGUUGACCAGAAGCUCACCAUAGAAGAGGCCAUCGGCCUGCUGGAGGCGCUGGAGUAUGACGUCACUAACCUGCCUGCUGAUUGGUUCACAUCGAUGGAUUUAAAUGGCAACGGUUUUAUAGACCCAGGCGAGUUUGACAAGGACAUGGUCCCUAGAAAGAUGUAA